CUCAGACGUGGUGAGUACAGGAAGAGGAAUUCAAGGCAGUCUCCCUCGCGGUCGACGUCGCCGAGGAACGCGCUUAUUGCGUGCGCACGCAACCGCGUAUCUUGAGAUCGAGGCAACAUAAGCAGAACAAACAUAAGUAUCUUUCCGCGCCAGCGCCUUGUCUACUUGCCCUCAUCGUCGCCGGCUUUCCUGUCAGGCAGAGCCUUGACCACUCUUUUCUGAUGUCACUGCUGGGUACAGCUGACUUGGUCUCUCUUGCAGUUACGACUGCUGUAUUCUAUGAGUAUGGCCUGACGUUGGCGCGGGAAGUGCGACAAUACUGGGGUCACCGCUUCGACAUCCCUAGCGCGGUGUUCUUUGCCAACCGGUACCUAUGCUUGAUCAGCAGAGCCGUCGUGUUGUCAGCCAUGUUUGCGGGACCAUCAGACGCGGUAUGCUCGGUUUUAGUUUGGUGUGCAGAGGUUUACGCAGUCAUUGGUCUUCUUGUGAUCACAUUGCUAUCUGCCGCCAGAGUCUACACGCUGUGGUAUGGAACCAUUUGGCCCUCGCUACUUGUCAUUAUAUCCGGGCUGGUGCUUCCGGUUUUCAGCAUAGCUAUCAUGAAGUUUACUGUGAAGGCGGCUCUCAGUAACUAUAUCACUUGCAAUGCAGGCCUGCAGGCAGGGACAAGCACUUAUGCGGUAUAUUUCAUCGCUCGCUCGAUAAGCAUUGUGCCCGACAUCCUGGUUGUGGUGUUCACAUGGACGAAAGCAUAUGGGCUGAUGGCCUCCGCACGAGCAGCUGGUGUCGUUGCAUUAUUGCCGAGAGCAUUGUUACGAACCGGAAUCCAAUACUUCGCUGCGGUGGUACUGUUUAACACCUCUUUGCUCCUGCUUACAUUGGCUACGGACGUCACGAUCAACACCUCUGACCUUGUCGCGUUGGCCGCCAUCAUGAUGUCGCGCUUCAUGCUCUACCUCCGACAAACCACACACAGCAAGUGGACCGUUGUGCAGACUACCCGUUACGACAAUGACCUUUUGGGCAAUAUGGGAGAAUACUUGGAUGAUGAUUGGGACAGCGAUUGGGACAGCGACUCGGAAAGUGAUGCCGAUGAAAUGAUCUUUGAGCCCGCAAGUGGAGUGCAAGACCCGACUGGAUCGGUCUUCGACUUCGUACCGUAACAAAUUCAGCCACGGAGCCAGUGUUAUGGUUUUAUGCAUGUAGCCUGUACAAUUCAAUCUUCUGCAUACACAAUGGUUCACUCAGAAGGAACUCUAA